GAAGGAAUGGACUGCUGAGUGGAACCUUUCGUCCUAUCGCUUCUUAUAACAGGGGGGUUGAAGCCGAAGGCGGUUAAUCAAAAUGCUUGAGGAGAUGGUGAAUGGAGGGAGGAAGCUUGUAACGCUCGACGACCUCAUCGACGCCCUGGAUAAGCGCGAGAGGGCGCCGAGCAACGUACCGAAGGUUGAUACUUUCCACUUCAAGGGAGAACGGGUGUCCGACUGGCAGGACCUGACAGAGCAAGCACUGGUAGGGUUGUCGGACGAGGUCAAGCUCCAGCGAGUCCUAAGAUAUGUCCUCCAUAGCUACCAUCAGGAAGUGGGCAAGGUCGUGGAUGCCGCCAAUGGUAGUUGGGCGAGGUUCAGGGACAUGAUGCAAAGAAAGUACAGGUUGGGGGAUGGCUUGCUAACCAUGACGGAUUUGGAGGCCAUGAACAAGGAUGACUUCUCCACGAUUGGGGCGUUUGUGCACGAGUUUAAAAGGAAGGCGCGGAAGGUGCACAUGAUCUCCGAAGAAACGCAAUGUGCGAUAUUUUUGGGUUUGCUUACUGGCUCGGAGGCCUCGGAGCUGACGGGUCACGGAGGGGGCUUGGGCCACUAUAGACAAGGGGGUGGAAGAGGGGAGCCUGGACCAGGUGGAGCAGCACCAGGUGCGGCUGCAAAGGCGCAACAGAAAGGAAAGGGACGCCACUGCGACCGGGACCCCAGGGGUGAAGAGGAUCGCCACGGACAUACUGGCAGCGCUAGGGUGGAUUUGGUGAUAAGGAACCAGAAGUGUACUGGGAUGGUGGACACGGGCGUAGAGAUGAACAUCAUCAGGGAGAAGGAGGCAGUGAUGAUAGGCAUGGAGAUCGACCGCUCGGACCAUGGCAUGCUGCACGACGCUAACUGCAAGGCCGCCUUUUGCGGCACAGCGUCAAAUGUGAUUAUAGAGAUUGGGAAGGUGCGAGUCAGGACUUGCUUUUUCGUUAUGCCCGAUGUCGAUCACCCCAUCCUCCUGGGGAGGUUGUUCUUGUGUCGGACGGAAAUGUUGAUCUUCAACAAGCACGACGGAACAAUGAUCCCGCUCCUGUGCGACCCGGCGUGUGGGAAUUAUGAAGUUAUCACCUGCCGGAACACAGGACCGAGGAGCGGGAGGAAUAGGCCCAAUCUAGGCUCGUUCACCUUUGAGGAGUCAGAGAACGAGCGGAGACGGCUUUGGGAAGUGCCCGAGGAGGAAGAGAGGGCUGAGGUGCUAACAUUGAGCCUCACGGAUGUGAAUAAGGCCAUGGAAGUGGUAUCGGCUCACGACAUGGCGGAUCCGGAGGCCAUUAAGGCAUUGAGGGAACAAGUGUUGGAGAACCCUCAAGUGGGGGAGGUGGAGUUGGUGUAUUGGCUUCCGGGAGGGAGAGGAGGCCCUGCGAUGGCCCAGGCCCAAGCGACAAGUCGUCCUUUUUUAGGGGAGGGCUUAAGCAGGGUUCCCAAAGGCGGUACAAGACCAUAGAUAAAAAGUGUCACCCAGUUCCCGUGCUCGUCACAGAGGAUGAGGAAGCCUACUACGAG